AUGACCAGCCGCUACGUCUUACGCCUGAUCCGGCGCAGCGAGAUCCCCGAAGUGGUGCGCGUGCAGCAUGCGGCCUUCAACGACCCUACCAACACCACCCCGGACGAGAUCAGCCAAAUCCUGGCGAGCGAAGCGCAGAACGAGACGGGCGAACCUGCGACACCGGAGGAGCGCAAAGCAAAGCGCGUCCAGUCCGAGUACGAGCUGUACGACAAGCGCAUCUACAGCUACGUCGGCGCGUACCUCGUGCCUGACUCGGUGGCGGAAGCCGACGAGGAGGAUUCCUCAACGCUGCCUGCUGGCUCGGUGCUGGCUGGCUUCGGCGUAUGGCGUCGUCUGGACCCAUCCUCGCCACCCGAGGCACCGGAAUGGAACGACAAGGAGCAAAAGGAUCCCAACCUGCUCAACCGAUUCAUGGCGCAGAUGUGGCGUCGACGCGAAGACACGAUGCAGGGCAAGACCUACUGGUUCCUCAAGCUGCUCUGCAUCGACCCCCAACACCAGCGCAAGGGUCUCGGCACCAUGUUGCUCGGAUGGGGAAUCAAGCGCGCCGACAAAGAGGGUGUCGACGCUUGGCUAGAGUCGAGCCCGAUGGGUAAGGGCGCCUACCUCAAGGCGGGAUUCCGAAUCCUCGGCAUCGACCAAAUCGACGAACCAAGGGCAAAGAGAGGCUUCGUAGACUGGCCCUACAUGAUCCACGACAAACCCAGCCACUAG